CUAGUGAGGGUGAGGAUACCCGGCGAUAACUGCUUUGUGAUGUGCCUGUCAGGAAUCGAAGGAGGAGAUUAAGACAUAGCGAAGAAGGCGAGAAAGGGAGAGGUCACAGUGAGGGAGGGAGAAGAUAGCGUCACGAGUGGUACUGAGGCAGGAAAACCAGUGUGGUGUAUUUGCAUGUGAACUGAAACGCUACAUUGAUAUUAAUUCCUGUCUGAGUUUCCUAUUCAUGAACAAGGAAGUGUUAUACGCAUUUACCUAGAGCAUCAAAACAGGAAGGCAAUAAAGGUCACUGCUCAACUCCAAAUACAAGAUAUCCACGGCUAACGCGAACACAAAGACAACACGUUCAUCUGAGGAUUGCAUUCGUACAGUCCAUUGUCAUCAAGUGACACACUGAUAAGGAACAUGGCGGGCGGGGGCAGUGGCGUCGGGGCAGGACGGAGAGGCGGCCGAGGAAACUCUUCUGGAGGUGACGGUGGAGGGAGUGGCGGCGGCGGAGGCGGUGGGGGAAGGGGUGGCAGAAUCCAGGAGCAUCACCAGAACCAGCAACACCAGCAGCACUCACAACAGCAGGUGCACCAACAAAACGGUCCCGGUACGACGGUGCAAUGUGGCCCCAACCAGUACCGUCUUGGUCUGUACGGCUGGAGGAGGCGGUGUCUGUACGGCCUCGUUUUACUUCUGCUGGUGAUGGUCAUUCUCAAUCUGGCCCUCACGCUUUUCAUCCUCAGGGUCCUCGACUUUACCACCGAAGGCAUAGGCGGGCUGCAGAUUGUGCGAGGGGGCAUGAUCGCCAGUGGGGAGGUGCACGUUAUGGAAAGGCUGGUGGCGGCCCGCAUCUCCACUCCGCCCCACGUGCCCAUCCGUAUUCUGGCGGCUGAGAAUUUCUCCAUCGCAGCGACCAACAAGGAUGGCCGCUCCAAUAGAAUCUUCAUGAAUUCUGAGGCCAUGCAGUGCACCUCAGACCAACUGGUGAUCCGCGACAAGCAGGGCCGUCUGCUCUUCUCAGCCACGCAGGACGAAGUGUUGGUGGGUGCCAGACAACUGACAGUCAAGGGUGAAGGCGGCGCGGUGUUCAGCGGCUCGGUACAGACAGCACACGUGACAGCUCCGGUGAAGGAUUCACUUCUGCUGGAGUCACUCACUCGAAGCCUGGAGAUCACCGCGCCGCAGGGAGUCGCUUUGGAGUCUCGUGCUGGAACCAUCUCUGCCCGUUGCCUGCAUGACUUUAUUUUGCAGUCCAGAGGAGGCAUGAUCAAGUUCGACACUCCCAAUAUCUUCAUCCAGGGCCUGAGGACUUCCACCUUACAGACCAACGACCAGAGACCAGCCCGUCCUGAUGUGUACCAGGUGUGUGUGUGUAGCAGUGGCAAGCUCUUCCUUGCGACACCUUUGGGCGUGUGCGCGGCUGACCAAAAGUUUUGCAAGUAGCGUCAAGAAUUCCCGCAGGACUGUUGUCCUGGCUUGUCUAAGGUACGACAGCCAGCCCUCAGUGGGUGAAGAGUUGGACCUUCUAGUGACUGAGACUUCGCCCCAUUCAUUGUUAGCCUAUGGGUCUCUAUAAAGUUAAUGAUUGUGGCCGUUCCAAUGACUUCCUGAGAGCCUUGCCGGACCUGUAGUGAAGAUAUUUGGUGGCACUUAAAAGGGCGGCAAUUGCUAGUAUAUCCCUGUCCUUUACUACGGACGCUAACGAAGUGAUUAACAGACGCACACCCCCUUAAGACAAAGGUUCAUGAUGACUUCAACAGUUCAAAGAACCUUAUGAGAAGAAAAGAACAUGUGACACUCUGUGCUUUUAUCAUACUAAGAAAGCAUUCGCACAAUAAGAACAAAGGUGUAAAGCAUUAUUCUUCUAAAAAGUGAGGUCGUGUAAGAUACCCACCCCGGGGGAGGCACGGUGGCCCCAGGAUGGAGGAAGCCAGGCUUGGGGGAGAGGAGAGAGAUUUGGCGCUGUCGGCAUGGCGCCUCUUUGUUUCUCUCCCCCGGGGCGGCUUUCCAGCGUGUGCCUGUCUGUGACGAGACCCAGGGCGCCGCCACCUUCCCCAACCGCCGAGGCUGCCCGGAUGGUGCUGACAGGAUGGGAGCGGUAUCGACUGUGCUCCAGAAUAAAAGGGUGAUUACAUUAAAAUGCCACUGAAACUAUUAUUGUAUAUUCAUUUAAACAUUAGUACGAGUUUAGUGUACAGCUGAGCAGGGAAAACAGGAGCUCAUCAGGACAGACGCUACUGGAUGAUUCGUGUCGAUGGAUGUUGUAAUGACUGCAAAUACCGAGGAUUCUGCUAAUGGUGAUCCUGAGUGGAGGUUUGGCAAUAACAUGAAAAACAAGGGAUGACAAAUACGUGUACUGAAUGUCAUGUGAUUUGGUCACUGCACAAAAAAAAAAAAAGAAAAAUGAAAUGAAAAGGUUAUCAACUUAGACAAACAAGUGACUCGCUCCAAGUAGUGAAAAAAAAAUGUAAAGCAAGGAUGUUUUGUAAUUCUUGGGUCAAUCUCCUUCUCUAAAGCACCCUAUAUAUCUCUUUUCUCCUACUCGUACUUCUCUCCAUAAUUAUAUAUACCCUCACCUCCACCCCUCCCUUUCCUCCCACUCUGGUCUCCCUCCUCACCCCACCACUCUCCACACCAAAAAAAUAAAUAACACCUCCCUUCUCCCGAGGCACGUCCGCCAAACCCCCUUCACCUUCGAAAAAUGGUUCUCUUUUCUCCAUUCCCUGCCCUUCUCUCUCACCCUUCCUCCUCCUCCUCCUCCUCCUCCCUCACUCUCUGGAAUUGGCCUCUCUAGGUUAACUCGGCUUUUCGGGUAAUUGUUUUUCGAUGCCUUUUGAUGUCGUGGGUGUGCCUCGUGUAAACAACAAGCAACGUUACCGCGAAAAAUACCAUCACCGGCCUGUGGGAUAAAAGGGAAGGCUCCGCUGUGAAUAUCUUUAGCCGGUGAUCCUUUAAAACCGAUACACUAACAAGCUUGAGGGGAAUUACACGAGGCACCAACGCCGGCCGCUGUGUCUUUGGAUAAGCGAGCGAGCGAAGAAGGAAAAGACGUCAGUGUUGGUAUGAAGGGAUGCGAUAUGAUACAGUGAGAAUAACAGGGUUUUCUAUAAUGGCGGGACUAAUCUUCUCUGGUUUUUCUGAAGUUCUUUUGUCAUCACAGACCUUCUAAACUGCUGGGAAUAAUGAUACGAGAAGUUGUUAUGUCAGGUGAAUGCAAGAGGAGUUGAGAGGAUGGAGGGAGACAGGGUGGUGAGAGGGAAGGGAGAGGAAUGUGAGAGCGGAUGAAGGAUGAAGGAGAGGAAGGAUCGAGAACAAUGAGAGCGAGUAUAUUUUCUAAAAAAAAUUCUCACGAGUCUUUGUUUGGCUUCCAUUUGUGUUUCUUUAUGUUUUUUUUCGUGUGUGUGUGUGUGUGUGUGUGUGUGUGUGUGUGUGUGUGUGUGUGUGUGUGUGUGUGUGUGUGUGUGUGUGUGU